GGCAUCUUCUUCUUGCUCAUCCCUUCACGUCGCGUCUCCGGACUCUGGCCGUAUUCCUCCCUUUCCCUUUUUCCUCUCUUCUGGUUAUCGCGUAAUGUCUGCGCCCAAAAUCAUUGUUCAGGUUCUUGUUACUGGUGCUCAGAUAUUCGGCAAGGCCUUUCUGGCAGCAGGGCGGCAAGCCGUGAAGAAUGCAAAGCAUUCGCCACAGGCUGCCUUGGGCGCGGACGUGGCGGGGGUUAGGAACGCAAACACCGGCUCACUAACAGACAGGCUCACUCGAGAGCACCGCAUGACAUUGGAUGAGGCACAGCUCAUCCUGAAUGUGAAACGCAGCGAAGAGAUGGAAGGUGUAAUAAAGAAUUACGAGCAUCUCUUUAAAGUUAACUCUCCUAAACCCACACCAAAGGCUGAAAGCACCGGCCCCAAAGCCAGACAGCCAGCACCACCAGCAUACUCUCACUAUCUGCAAAGCAAGGUGUUUCGGGCACGGGAGCGGAUAGAAGCAGAAAUGCGCGCAACAGUGGAGGAGGCUGCUGGUCCUGCGUCUAAGGGUGGGCCCUCGGAAACUGGAACUGCGGGUAGUGGCACAGGGCCAAGCUCAGGUAGCUCGAGCUAACCAGAACAUACUCAUCCCCAGUCAUUCACCAUAUACGCUUAAUGUCGACCAAUAUCAUGGAUCAUAAUUCGCACAGCUCGAUUACGAAGAACCUGCAGCUAAUCGGCUCCUCCCUGCUCUGAACGCAUACCUUUAAUUAGCUCCCUCAUCCUAGCGUUCCGGAACAGAUCCUCAUUUGCCCAUCUCCCCUUCGCGGUCUCAACGGCAAAUGUUCGAAGUUCGCCUAUCGGGGUAUACAUGGAUGGAGCGAUAGUUGAGAACAAGGGUCCCAUAACCGUGUCUGCUGCUCUUGCCCAAGGGCCACGAACAUUGAGGCGGUCUCGUGGGUGUUCCUUGGACGGAUGAAAAUACCCCGGUCGCAUGAUGGACGCCUUGAUGCCCGUCGACGUUGGGAUUGCAAGAAGAGCCUUCUCUGUACGACCCUUUUAUGCGGGCAAAGAGCUGUACACCCUUUUCUGUCUGGUCUGCGCCUUCGCCAGAGAUAAAGACAAUUCGGAAUGGAGAAUCGACAUUCUUCUCCCUACGCGCCUCCUGCAAUUGUUCAACGAAGUGCAUCGUGUAGUCAUAGGUGAUGCGUGUGUAUUCUUGCUCUGACAUCCCAACAGAGGUCUUGCCAAGAGCCCAGAUACAUGCGUCGUGGUCGGCAAGUUUGCAUCGAAGUUCUGGAGUAUACUUGAGGAAAUCGUCCAUUACGACAACAUCUGUCUUGUCGUUUGGGUAUGCGUCGAGCCACGCGGGAAGCUCGCGGCGAGAAAGCACAGUGAUUUUUUUCACCUCAGUGUCAGCCACAGCGUGUCGGAAAAUCGCACUGCCAGCU